AUGACGGAGGGAAUCGGGAUGGGUGACGACGAGUGCGGGUAUGACGAAUCCCAGCGCCUUCCGAGGCAGCCGUUGCCGGAGUUUAUGGGGACGGGCGGAGGAGUCGGGGUGUAUAAGGUGCCCGUUCGGGCAGCGGUGCACCCGAGCAGACCACCGUGUCUCGAGCUCAGGCCGCACCCUCUCAGAGAAACUCAGGGUGGUAGGUUUAUACGGACGAUUACAAGCACGGAAACACAAUUGUGGGCAGGGAUGGAAUCUGGUGUACGAGUGUGGAACUAUUCGGACGCGUACGAGCCAGGGAUUGGGAAUGGAAUUGGGUCUGGAAGAAAGGUUCCGAGAGGGGACGAGGAUGCUGCCCCAUUUUAUGAAUCGGCAAACUUGUCGUCCACGUUGUGCUUGAAGAUCGACCAAGGGAGUAAGCUUGUUUGGAGCGGGCACAAAGACGGUAGAAUAAGGUCUUGGAAGAUGGAUCAGAGUUUCUCGGACGGGUCUGCUUUCAAGGAGGGUUUUUCUUGGCAGGCGCAUCGGGGUCCGGUUCUUUCCCUAGAGAUUUCUUUCUACGGUGAUGUCUGGUCUGGUUCUGAGGGUGGUGUUAUAAGGGUGUGGCCGUGGGAGUCCAUUGAGAAAUCUCUUUCUCUAUCAUCUGAGGAAAGACGCAUGGCUGCCGUGCUGGUGGAGAGAUCAGUCAUCGACCUGAGAACCCAAGUAACAGUUAACGGAGUAUGUAACAUAUCAUCUUCAGACGUGAAAUGUAUGUUAUCUGACAACGUCCGUGCCAAAAUUUGGGCCGUUGGGUCUUUAUCCUUCUCCCUUUGGAACGCGCGCACUAGAGAGCUCAUAAAAGUAUUCAACAUUGAGGGCCAGGUUGAGAACAGGGUGGACAUGCCGUCUUCCCAGGACCAGGCGGUGGAGGACGAGAUGAACGGGCGGGCAUCGCAUGGUGCGCUCAUGUCGUGGUUGGGUUCGGCAGUGUCGGAUGUUGAUAUCGUGGUGGUUGGGCUGCAAGAGGUUGAGAUGGGUGCAGGUUUCCUUGCGAUGUCAGCAGCAAAAGAAACUGUAGGACUAGAAGGAAGUUCUGUGGGACAAUGGUGGCAGGAUCACAUUGGCAAGGCCUUGGAUGAAAGAUCUAGUUUCGAGCGUGUAGGUGCCCGGCAGCUGGCUGCUUUGCUUAUAGCGAUUUGGGUGAGGAAAAGUAUUAGGAAACAUGUUGGGGAUUUAGAUGUUGCAGCCGUAGCAUGUGGCUUAGGUCGUGCAAUUGGUAAUAAGGGAGGUGUAGGUUUAAGGUUGAGAGUAUAUGAUCGAACCAUGUGUUUUGUAAAUUGCCAUUUUGCUGCACAUUUGGAAGCUGUUAACCGUCGAAACGCCGAUUUCGAACAUAUAUUUCGAACAAUGACUUUCACUCGGUCAUCAAGUUUGUUUCACAACGCUGGUGCUGGUGCUUCAUCAGGCAAUCAGAUGCCUCGCGGUGGAAAUGCUUCGGGAGCUAAUCCUGAUGAAGGGAGGCCUGAUCUUUCCGAAUCCGAUUUGGUCAUUUUCACCGGUGAUUUCAAUUAUCGUCUGUUUGGCAUAACUUAUGAUGAAUCAAGGGACUUGGUCUCUCAAAGAAGCUUCGACUGGCUUCGAGAGAAAGAUCAGCUGAGAGCAGAAAUGAAAGCGGGUAAAGUUUUCCAAGGAAUGCGGGAGGCCAUCAUCAGAUUUCCUCCCACUUACAAGUUUGAGAAAGGCAAACCUGGUUUAGGAGGUUAUGAUUCGGGUGAGAAGAAAAGAAUCCCAGCUUGGUGUGACAGAGUCCUAUAUAGAGAUAAUAGGACAGACCCAACAAAAGAAUGCAGUUUGGAAUGCCCAGUGGUUUCCUCCAUUUACCAUUAUGAGGCCUGCAUGGAUGUCACUGAAAGUGAUCACAAACCAGUACGGUGCAAGUUGAAUGUGGACAUUGCGCAUGUGGAUAAAUCCGUGAGGAGGCUGGAAUUCGGGAAAAUUAUUCACACGAAUGAUGCAAUCAGAUCGAAUCUCGAAGCUUUACGCUUUGUGCCCGAGACAAUCGUUAGCGCGAACAGAAUAUCCCUUCAGAACCAAGACACAUUCAACUUGAAACUAACCAACCGGAGUGGGGAGGAGAUGGUCUUUUACCAAAUUAUAUGCGAGGGCCAAUCCACCAUCAAGGAGAAUGAAGCAGAGAUCGACUACCGGCCAAGAGCUUCCUAUGGUUUCCCACGUUGGCUUGAGGUGACGCCUGCAGCCGGCUUGAUCAGACCGGAUCAAGUGGCAGACAUAUCCAUACAUCACGAGGAAUCCCACAAGCUUGAAGAGUUUGUGGAGGGAAUCCCUCAGAGCUGGUGGUCAGAGGACACCCGAGACAAGGAACUCAUCUUGUUAGUCAUCGUGAGAGGCAGCUGCUCGACCGACUUGAAAACUCACCGGGUACACGUGCGCCACUGUUUCUCAGGGAACUCCCUCCGUAUAGACCUGGGAAGUAACCUUUCUAGAAGGAAUGAAGGCAGUUUGCAUCAGAGGCCGGCACAUUUGAGAUGA